AGAUGAAGAAAAGUUUGGCAGGUAAAAGAGUUGGAACUGUGUGGACAUUGACAAUUCUUCUUUCACACUGAAUUUUCAUCACUACAAAGCCCAGACAAAAAGCAAAAGGGCACACACGGUUAGAAUUAGGAGGGGAGGAGAAGGGGAAGAAGAAGGAGAAGAGCCAUGGAGAAGAAUGAGGGUGAGGCUGUGCACCGGAACGGUGAACCGAACUCCAUGGAAGCGGUAACAGAAGCUUCUUCUUCCCCGACUCACGGCCCGAAAGGUAAUGGAACCGCAAUGGAGAUGAACGGGAAUGCUGUCAGUACUCAAGACCAUAAGAUCAACUACAGGGGGUGGAAAGUCAUGCCCUUCAUCAUAGGGAAUGAAACCUUCGAGAAGCUCGGGGCAAUUGGGACGUUAGCGAACCUCUUGAUCUAUUUGACAUCCGUGUUCAAUCUGAGUAGCAUAACUGCCGCAAACAUCAUUAAUAUCUUCAAUGGCACCACCAACCUCGCUACUCUGCUCGGAGCUUUCCUCUGCGACACGUACUUUGGUCGAUACAAGACUCUCGCCUUCUGCACAAUAGCGUCCUACCUGGGGUUGCAAGCUAUACAACUGACAGCCGCAAUCAAGAACUUGCACCCUCCUGAUUGUGGGGACAAUGCGACUUGUGAUGGGCCCACAGCAGGGCAAAUGGCAUUUCUAGUCACUGGAUUUGCGAUGCUUACUGUUGGGGCUGCAGGAAUCCGCCCGUGCAAUUUGGCCUUCGGGGCUGACCAGUUUAACCCCAACACGGAGUCGGGAAGGACGGGCAUCACCAGCUUCUUCAACUGGUACUUCUUCACCUUCACCUUUGCCCAGAUGGUCUCCCUCACCCUGAUUGUGUACAUCCAAUCGAACGUGAGUUGGGCGAUCGGGCUGUUGAUCCCAGCCCUCCUGAUGCUUAUCUCAUGCGCUGUGUACUUCAUGGGAUGGAAGAUGUAUGUGAAAGUCAAGGCCACCGGAAGUCCCAUGACGAGCAUUGUGCAGGUGCUUGUGGUCUCAAUCAAGAAGAGUCGGUUGAGUCAUCCCAAGCAGCCGUGGCUCUCUCUUUACAACUACAUUUCUCCCAAGUCCAUCAACUCCAAGCUUCCCUACACCGAUCAGCUCCGUUGCUUGGACAAGGCGGCAAUUCUGACUCCAGAAGACAGACUGAACCCAGAUGGGUCGCCUGCAGAUCCUUGGAGACUCUGCAGCAUGCAGCAGGUCGAAGAAGCGAAGUGUGUCGUAAGAGUGUUGCCAAUAUGGGCCGCUAUGCUGAUAUAUUACAUUGCAAUGGUCCAGCAACAGACCUACGCGAUCUUCCAGGCCGCCCAGUCUGACAGGCAGCUCGGGAGCACGAAUUUCAAGAUCCCAUCGGCAUCCUAUGUUGUCUUUGUCAUGAUAAGUCUCACCCUAUUCAUCCCCUUGUACGACCAGGUACUCGUCCCAUUUCUCCGUAGGGUGACGGGAAAGGAAGGCGGGAUCACUCUACUUCAGAGGAUGGGAAUCGGAAUGUUCAUUGCCAUGAUCACGAUGAUCUUGUCAGGGGUCAUGGAGGAACGGAGAAGGACAAUCGCCCUGACUAAGCCAACAAUGGGUACCGAUCCCAGGAGGGGAGAUAUCUCCUCCAUGUCAGCUAUGUGGCUUAUCCCCCAGUUCGUGUCGACUGGCUUAGCAGAGGCCUUUACAUCCAUCGGGCAGAUCGAGUUCUACUACAAGCAGUUCCCGGAGAACAUGAGGAGCAUUGGAGGGUCCCUCUUCUACUGCGGGAUGGCAGGGUCGAGCUACCUGAGCAGCCUACUCAUAUCAGUCGUCCACAAUACUACGAAGGGGUCAGAAAGAGGCGACUGGCUCCCCCAGGAUCUCAACAAAGGGAGGCUCGACUAUUUCUACUAUGUGAUCGCGGGCUUGGGGUUCCUCAACCUCAUCUAUUUCAUGCUCUGUGCUAGGUGGUACAAGUACAAGGAGAAGGACGAGAUUUGCCCCUUACCCGAAACAGAAAUGCAGCCAGCUGAGAAGGCUGUCGUCUAAUGUUGUAUGAGUUCCGUGGAGGAUCAAUCAUGUUUGUACCCCGCUAAAAAGGAUCCCGCAUCUUGGGACUCCGUUAACAUAUUCACAUCAUAUUAGUAUCUCCCUUCAUACGUAUACGGUAUAUAUGUACCAUGAGUAGGGCAUUUGAGCCGCAAAGGUAGAAGAGCAUCAACUUGGAUUUUCUCGAUUUGAUAAUUAACAUAAGAGAGAAAUCGAUGUAUUAGUUGUUCUUUUACCACAAGCCAAGUACAAAAUGUCAUUACUCUCA